AUGAGAGUAAUGGAUAAAAAUGAAUCAAUUGAACUUUUUAGUUUAAAUGCAUUCAAGCAACCGAGUCCUACAAAACAGUUUGCUGAAAUUUCUAGAAAAUUUGUUGAGUACUGUGGGGGAUUGCCACUAGCUCUGGAAGUCCUUGGCUCCUAUUUGUUUGAAAGUGGAAUAAGAGAUUGGAAGUGUGUAUUAGAAAAAAUCAAAAUAAUUCCCAAUGACCAAAUAUUAAAUUCUUGUGGACUUUUCCUAGAAAUUGGAAUAAGUAUGCUUGUUGAGCAAAUCUUGGUAACGGUUGAUGAUAAGAAAAAGCUUGGAAUGCAUGAAUUGUUACGAGAUAUGGGAAGAGAAAUCAUUCGUGAAAAAUCACCAAAAGAGCCUGAGGAGCAUAGCAGGUUAUGGAUUCAUGAGGAUGUGCUUGAUGUUUUAUCGGAUCGAAAUGGAACAAAAGCUAUUGAAGGGCUAGCUUUGAAGUUGCCAAUAGCUAGUUCAAAAUGUUUUAGCACUAAAGCAUUUAAGAAGAUGAAGAGACUCAGAUUGCUUCAACUUGCUGGAGUAAAACUUGAUGGAGAUUUCGGAUAUCUUUCAAGAAAUUUAAGGUGGUUAUGUUGGAAUGGAUUUCCUUUAACAUGCAUACCUUCAGAUUUUUAUCAAGGAAAUAUAAUUUCCAUGGAGUUAGAAAACAGCAAUAUGAGAUUUAUGUGGAAAGAGACCCAGAGAAUGGAGAUGCUGGAAAUCCUAAACCUUAGUCAUUCUCAUCAUCUGAUGCAGACCCCAGAUUUCUCUCAUUUACCUAAUCUUGAAAAGCUAGUUCUUGUAGAUUGUCCAAUGUUAUCUGAGGAGCUAUCAUCGAUUUCCAAGUAUCUUCCUAAUCUUAGAAGUCUUUGGGUGGAGUGCAGCUCGGAAGGUCAACUUUCUCAUGAUACAACAAUAAUUUUGGAGGCAUUAUAUGCCACAAAUUCUAAAAAAUUAGAACCAACAGCAACUACAUCACAAGUAUCAAAAUUUUCCUUGAAACCUCUUUUCAUUCAAUUGGGAAUGAAUUGCCAAGUUGCCAAUAUUUUGAAAGAGAAAAUUUUACAGAAUACAACUGUCGAUGAGAGUGGUGGUUGUGUGCUCCUGGGUGAUAGUUAUCCCGAUUUGUUAAGUUUCAAUUGUGAUGGUUCUUCUAUAAUUUUUGAAGUUCCUCAAGUAGAAGGGCAUAACUUGAAGUCAUUGAUGUGCAUUGCCUAUUCUUUAAUUCCAGAUAACAUAUCAUCAGAUGGACUUAUAAGUGUGUUAGUGAAAAAUUACACAAAGGCCACCAUUCAGCUCUAUAAGAGAGAGACAUUAGCUUCCUUUAAGGAUGAGGAGGGGGAGAGACUAGUAUCAAGUAUAGAACUUGGAGACGGAGUGGAAGUUGUUGUUGCUUUUGAGAAUGGCUUCAGUGUGAAGAAAACAGCUAUUUAUCUCAUUUAUGAUUAA